UCAUGGCACUUUCACCGAACAUGCCGCGCGGGUGGCCUUUUUCCUCGACCUAGCAAGUCAAACCAGCGUUUCUAGAACAGGUUGAAUCCUUCUGAUUUCUGAACCUGCAUUUUCAGCGGUCGUAUAUAUGAUGCGCUUGAAAAUUGUUACGUUGGGUUAGCUAGGCAGUUAGUGUUUUAAUUUAUUCUGGCUUGUGAAAAAUCUUAAGAUAUUUAUUGGUAAAGUUCUUGCCAAAUACUCCUAUAUUCCAGGACCAGGAGUAUUUUGAAAAUACUAUUUUCUUCUUCUGCUUGUGGGCUGCAGCAGGAUUGUUGGACUGGACAGCUAGUGGCCCGCUUGGCAAGUUGGGCGCGUGGUCAGCUAUAAAUAAAUAGCUGCGGUGUCUGCCCAUGUCGCUCUCGCCACCGCUCCGCCGUCCGCGCCACCCCUCCCGGUCCCGGCUAGGCCGCCAUGGCCGCCGUGCACCCGCCGCCGUUCGCGCUUGUCCCGCGUUCCCGCGCCGGCAUCGAGAUGGAGUACGACAGCGACACCGAGAGCGUCGCGGAGUCGUGCCCGCACCCGGACCCGCGACGCGCCGCGGCGGCCGAGGACUCCUCCGCCGCCUCCUCCUCCUCCUCCUCCUCCUCCUCCUGCGGCGGCACCGCGUGCUGCCACGACUACGAGGGGAUGGACGACGACGACGGGUGCAGCAGCUGCGUCGAGGGAGACGAGUGCAGCAGCUACCAGCAGCACGCCGCCGACGACGACGAGGAGGAGGAAAGAAACAAGGCGGGGAGCGGCGUCUGGUGGCAGAACAUGGCGGUCGGCGGCGGCGGGACGUUCCCUCUGCAAGCGGCGGCGCUGGCGCAGGAGGAGGCCGCCGCGGAGGACCCGAAGCGCGCGGCGGAGCGGCAGGAGGAGGACCGCAAGUUCUGGGAGGACUGCCUCGCCUCCGGGUAUCCAUGAACUCAGUCGACAUCGAUCGGCGUAUUGCGCUCGUCACGAGCGCAGCUCGCAACACGACGACGGCGAAGCCCAAAUCGCCGUGCCAGCAGCAGCCCAGCACACACACACUGUAUGUUUUUUUUUCUCUGUACAGACAUUUCACAAUUUUUUUUAGCAAUUUUUGGGUUGGUGUAUGUUGACCAAGAAAGCACGAUCUGAUCUUGGGAAGAAAUCGGGUUAGUAGUUGGUGAGGUAGGAUACUUACUUUGCUGUUAAUUCAACCUUCAACCUAAACCCGGCCGCCCUGAGAAUUAUCACAGCAUUCA